AUGCGGGUCCCCGGACUCCUGGGUCCCCUGGCGCUGUUGCUGGCGCUGGGCGGGUGCCACGGGCUGUCUUUCCACCUGCCACCCCAGACCCGCAAAUGCCUUAAAGAGGAGCUCCACCGGGACGUGAUGGUCACUGGGGAGUACGAAGUCUCGGAAGCGGCUGCGCCUGGUGUCAAGACGGAUCUCCGGGUUACCGACUCUUCCGGACACACGCUGUACUCCAAAGAUGAUGCCAAGAAGGGGAAAUUUGCCUUCACCACUGACAACUAUGAAAUCUACGAAAUCUGCUUUGAGAGCCACGGACAGCCAGGGAAUUUCCGGAUCCCAGACCAACUGAUCUCCCUUAAUAUAAAGCACGGCGUGGAGGCACGGAAUUACGACGAUAUUGCGAAGGCAGAGAAACUAAAGCCCCUAGAAGUGGACCUGCGUCGGCUCGAAGACCUUUCAGAAUCCAUCGUUAAAGAUUUUGCCUUCAUGAAGCAACGUGAGGAGGAGAUGCGAGACACCAAUGAAUCUACCAGCGCUCGCGUCUUCUGCUUCAGCAUCUUCUCCAUGUUAUGUCUGGUGGGUCUGGCCACCUGGCAGGUCUUCUAUCUCCGGCGUUUCUUCAAAGCCAAAAAACUCAUCGAGUGAAUGAGCUCCAGCUGGGCUG